AAGGAGGCGGCUUGCGGUAUUUGUUGCGGUGCGCCGAAGUUUAACAAUAUUUGCUGCGUUGUUUGAAAACCUACCUUCAGGUCCUCUGCAAUGCCUGUCAAACAAAAAAGAUCUUUAUUUGACACAUUUUCAACCGGAUAACCCCGAUCUGGUGUUUGGAUUACUACUUUAGUUAUUGUAAAUCAAUUCAUUGUUUCUUUUUUUUUGGAGCUAUUUUUUUAUAGCGUUCGGACGUUUGGACUUGUCCCCAGUAACGGGUGCAGUCACACAGUGUCCCCACAACAGCUGACUGGGGUCGCAGACAGGAGACGCACGCGUGUAUCCUCCGUUGGGUUGGGAUUUCUGAUAAAACAGCAAGACUGAAAGCUGGUCAACAUGUCGCUUAGCAGAAGUAUUGAAUUUGAACACUUUGAGGAACGAGAGAAGCCUCACCGGACACCGAGGACUAACUCUGGCUCCGGGUCCCAGUCCGGCUCCAGAGGGAACGGGGUGGUCCCCAGCCCAGCGAACAGUGCGCACUGUAGCUUCUACCGGACCCGCACCCUCCAGUCCCUCACCUCCGAGAAAAAAGCCAGAAAAGUGCGGUUUUAUCGCAAUGGGGACAGAUAUUUUAAAGGUUUGGUGUAUGCCAUAUCUAGCGACAGGUUCCGGUCCAUGGAUGCUCUGCUCAUGGAGCUCACAAGGUCUCUGUCGGACAAUGUCAACCUUCCUCAAGGAGUCCGGACCUUAUACGCUUUGGAUGGAGGCAAGAGGAUCACCAGUCUGGAUGAGUUAGUAGAGGGUGAGAGUUAUGUGUGUGCCUCAAACGAGCCCUUCAGACGAGUGGACUACAACAAGAACGUUAACCCUAACUGGGCCGUGGGCAGCAAAACGGGCACAUCGCGCUCCCUCUCCUGUCUCCUCCCGUCCAAGAGUGAGCUGCAGCGUGAGUCCAAGGACUUCAUCAAACCUAAACUAGUCACAGUCAUCCGCAGCGGAGUGAAACCCCGCAAAGCAGUGCGGGUGCUGCUCAACAAGAAGACGGCUCACUCCUUUGAUCAGGUGCUCACUGACAUCACAGACGCUAUCAAGCUGGACUCUGGAGCUGUGAGGAGGCUGUACACUUUGGAGGGCAAGCAGAUUAUCUGCCUGCAGGACUUCUUCGGGGACGAUGAUGUGUUUAUUGCGUGUGGCAUGGAGAAACACCGCUAUACGCAGGACGACUUCCUGUUGGAUCACAGUGAAUGCAGAGUUAUAAAGUCAUCGCACAGCCGCUCUGCGACUCCAAACCGGACCGCCAAGAGCCCCGGACCCUCCCGACGCAGCAAGUCCCCCGGUGCAGCAAGGCAAACUGUCCACUUCUCCACCAGCCAGUCUCCAGUCAAAUCCCCAGUGAACGGUAUCUCCAUCAGCCAGAUCUCAACUCAGAAGUCCACCAAGUCCUCCACUCCGUCCCCCACCAGCCCCCGAACCACCCCCACUUUCAAGAUCCCUCCAACACAUCACACCCCGUCUUCAAAUGCAAAUGGCUCUCUGAACAACCACCAGGAGCAAAGCAACCCACUCAGUCCAGAGGCAGUUAAUGGGAAUGGCUACCCGCCUGCCUCUGCCAUAUCUGAGAAAUACAAGAUUGGGAAGGUCAUCGGAGAUGGGAACUUCGCUGUGGUCAAAGAGUGUGUGGAGAGGUCCACCGGAAAAGAGUUUGCAUUGAAGAUCAUCGACAAGGCCAAGUGCACUGGAAAGGAGCACCUCAUAGAGAAUGAGGUGGCAGUGCUGCGUAGGGUGAAGCACCCCAACAUCAUCAUGUUGAUCGAGGAGGUGGACACUCCCUCUGAACUCUACCUGGUGAUGGAGCUAGUGAAGGGCGGAGAUUUAUUUGAUGCCAUCACGUCCUCGGCCAAGUACACAGAGAGAGACGCCACGGUGAUGGUGUACAACCUGGCUGCAGCUCUGAAGUACCUGCACAGCUCCAACAUCGUCCACAGAGACAUCAAACCAGAGAACCUGCUGGUGUUUGAGUAUCCAGAUGGCACCAAGUCAUUGAAACUGGGGGACUUUGGUCUGGCCACGGUGGUGGAAGGACCGUUAUACACUGUGUGUGGAACGCCUACAUAUGUGGCUCCAGAGAUCAUCUCGGAGUCAGGUUAUGGUCUGAAGGUGGAUAUCUGGGCUGCAGGUGUCAUCACCUACAUCCUCCUGUGUGGCUUCCCUCCAUUUAGAAGUGAGAACAACAUGCAGGAGGAUCUGUUUGACCAGAUCCUUCUGGGGCGACUUGAGUUCCCCAGCCCUUACUGGGACAACAUCACUGACUCAGCCAAGGAGCUGAUUGGGAAGAUGCUGCAGGUGAACGCUGAGGCUCGGUACUCAGCGCAGGACAUCCUCUCCCACCCUUGGCUCACGGACGAGGCAGUGAUGGAGAACAACAUGAAGAUGGAGGUGACAGGUAAACUGAAGACGCACUUUAACUCUGCGCCCAAUCAAAACCACACCUCGGCCGGGGUGACCGUCAUCAUGAGCACGGCUCUGGAUAAGGAGACCCUGCAGCUCGCCUCCCGCCGCCCUCGGCCUCAGACUCUCUCGUGUCCUCCCUCAGCGGCUGGAGACACCGUCCCUCCUGCAGUCAAACCAGCGUCUCCCACCAAACAGGCAUCACCUGCCAAAAAAACAAAACCCUCCACGCCUGCUCGAGUCAAAGCACCGAACACCGCUGCUGUGCCUGAUGCUGCCUCCCCCUCUGACCCCCCCUGCUGUCUGUCCCUGACUGACGGAGAUGAUGCCCCUCCCUCUGCUCCAGUGAGGUCCAAUCAUAUCUCCUGUUCUCCCUCUGAAGAAACUCUCCCCGUUUCCUCUGAUCCCGAGAUAAGCACAUCUGCUGCCCCCGGCUUCUCUCUCCAAACUCCCUCCCCCUCUGGCCCACCUGAUCUGUUCACCUGCAACUCUCCCUCCUCACCCGUCUCCUGCCCUUCCCCAUCAUCACCCAACAAUCCAUCCUCCCUUCCCCUCUCUUCUCCCUACAAACCAGCCUCUUCUCUUCCCCUCUCUUCUCCCGCUAAGCCUGCCUCUCUUUCUCCCACAAAACAAGCCCUUAUUCCUCCCUCUUCUCCCACAAAACCCUCCUCUCUUUCUCCCUCAUCUCCCACCAAACUGGCUUCUCCCUCUCCCUCUCCCACAAAACCCUCCUCUCUUUCUCCCUCAUCUCCCACCAAACGAGUCUCUUCCUCCUCUCCUACCAAAGAGGCAACAUCCCUCUCUUCCUCUCCCACUAAACAAUCCUCCCCCUCCCCAGCCUCCCCCAUCAAACAGGUCAUUUUAUUCCCUUUCUCCUCCCCAACCAGACAGGAGCCUUCCUCCCCGUCUCCCAUGCAUCCCACCCUGUUUCCCUCUCCUCCCUCCACACCUCCCAGAUCAGCCUCCCCUCCCUCCCCCGCUGACCCUCCCUCUCUGAGCCCUGUACCUGCUGAGGAGCUGAUAGAGAUUUAA